GAGGGGUCCUCCGCGCUGCGCCCAAGCUCAUAAAAGGCAAAAAGCGUGUGUGGUUUUCGCCCUGCCGCGAAUCUUCGAACGCAAGCGCGUUGUUAUCCGCAGACUUUGAAAAGCAUUCGAGGGACAGCGCGCCUGCUCCCGCCGUCGCAGUUUCUAGCGCGACGUGCUUGUUCCACCCGUGGCUCGGUAGGCGCCCCUGUAUACCACACCAUGGCCCUCGUGUCUGCUGAUUCCCGCAUUGCAGAACUGCUCACAGAGCUCCAUCAGCUGAUCAAGCAAACCCAGGAAGAGCGUUCGAGGAGCGAACACAACUUAGUGAACAUCCAGAAGACCCACGAGCGGAUGCAGACAGAGAACAAGAUCUCUCCCUAUUACCGGACAAAGCUGCGUGGCCUCUAUACAACCGCCAAGGCCGACGCAGAGGCUGAGUGCAACAUCCUCCGGAAAGCCCUAGAUAAGAUUGCGGAAAUCAAGUCUCUGUUGGAAGAGAGGCGGAUUGCGGCCAAGAUCGCGGGCCUGUACAAUGACUCGGAGCCCCCUCGGAAGACCAUGCGCAGGGGCGUGCUGAUGACCCUACUGCAACAGUCAGCCAUGACCCUGCCCCUGUGGAUCGGGAAGCCCGGUGACAAGCCCCCGCCCCUCUGUGGGGCCAUUCCAGCUUCUGGGGACUACGUGGCCAAACCUGGAGACAAGGUGGCCGCCCGGGUGAAGGCCGUGGAUGGGGAUGAGCAGUGGAUCCUGGCCGAGGUGGUCAGUUAUAGCCAUGCCACCAACAAGUAUGAGGUAGAUGACAUUGACGAAGAAGGCAAAGAGAGACACACCCUGAGCCGCCGGCGGAUCAUCCCACUGCCCCAGUGGAAGGCCAACCCGGAGACGGACCCCGAAGCCUUAUUCCAGAAGGAGCAGCUCGUGCUGGCCCUGUAUCCCCAGACCACCUGCUUCUACCGUGCUCUGAUCCACACACCCCCGCAACGGCCCCAGGAUGACUAUUCGGUCCUGUUUGAAGACACCUCGUAUGCAGAUGGUUACUCCCCUCCCCUCAACGUGGCCCAGCGGUACGUGGUGGCUUGUAAGGAGCCCAAGAAAAAGUGAAGCGGCCUAGCAGACUCGCAGUCUCCUGACACCCUCGAAGGGGGAUGCAACACAAGAUUUUGUGAUCAAAUAAAUAUUCCCCCUCCUUGUCCAUGUCUCGUGGGUUUUACUUUUCCAGACCCUUCUUUCCCUCCCCACUAGGGCGAGCUGGAGGCCACCAGGGAAGAUGGCCUCAUUUGGUCCCAAUGGGCAUUUACCCUUUUAGCUCAGGUUUGCUCUUUGCUUCCAGCAGAGGCUCUGUUUAACACA